AUGGCAUCUGACCUCUUGUUGGCUGAGAAGUAUGAAGUAAAGCACCUGAAGGCGUACUGUGAGAAGUUCAUAACAUCCAAAGUGAAUAACGAGAAUGCUAUUACCCACUAUGCCUUCGCGCACCGUCACAGUGCAAAGCAGCUGCUAGAGGCCUCGCUUUCUGUGCUCAUGGACAGCAUGUCUACGCUAGCGGAUCGCAAGGAAUACAAGGAGCUUGUCGAGAAGGACCCAAGGCUUGUUGUGGAGAUCUAUGAAGCAUAUCUCAACCGGCAAGUCAACACUGCAGCUGGGAAAGACACAGAUUGUAGCAGCAGGAGGUGA